AUGUCGACCGCAUCCCCCGCCCACGAUGAAGAGCCGCAGAUGAUGGCCGGCGUAAUGCACGAUAUCGCCACCAUCCGUGAAACUUUCAGCCUCGAGGAGGUGCCAAAACAGGCGUAUUACAUGGGCUUGGCUGGUGUGGUCCCCUACAUGGUCACGUCUCUUAGUACCGUGUACUGCGCCUGGGAAAUCAACCACGCCACUGCCACCGGCACGGGCUUGUUCUUGACCGAGCGUUCUGCCGAAGACCUCCUUCACAUCAUCGAGCCUUUGCAAGUUGGAUACGGUGCCGUGAUCCUCUCCUUCCUCGGCGCCAUCCAUUGGGGUCUCGAAUGGGCUCAAUACGGUGGCACUCAGGGCUACCCUCGCUACAUGAUUGGCGUCGUCAGCACCGCCGUGGCCUGGCCCACCAUCUUGCUGCCCGUCGAGUACGCGCUCAUCACGCAGUUCCUCGCAUUCAACUUCCUUUAUUACACCGAUGUUCGCGCCAAGACUCGCGGCUGGGCCCCGGCCUGGUAUGGAAUCUACCGCUUCGUGCUCACCUUCGUCGUCGGCAGCAGCAUUGUGAUCAGCUUGAUUGGACGCGGACAGAUUGCCGAUCGUGUCGGUCGCGCGCCCAGCGUGGCAGAUAGAAUUGCUGCUUUUGGAGAGUACCAUCCCGAUGAGCAGGAGGAGCUCGAUGCCCAAGAGCAGCGGAGGAAGUUCUUGGGCGAUGAGGGCGAGGAUGACGAAGACGAAGACGAGGAGGAAGAGGAGGAAGGUGGUGAGGAUGGCGAGGGUGGCGAGGAUGAUGAGUAG